UGUGAUUUGUUGUGCUGUGAAUAGGCUUUUAUACGGCAACGCGAGAUUAUGAUGUACUCCCCCCAUCUCUGUCUCCCUGAAAGGGCCUGAGUGCAUUAUUAUUAUUUAUAUGUUGUGUAGCGACACUGAAUGUGGCUUUCUUAAAACCAACAACUAAUUAUUUCAGUAAGACAGUUUUUGGCUAUCGAUUACGAAUGGUGGGCUAUGUACGCGUGUCGAGUUGACCGAGGCGGGCAGCAGGCAAGUCCAUGACAACAUGACUCCUCCAGCCUUGCCCAUGGUCUACUGCUGUUGUCACAGGAAAAUCUGGUUACACUCAACAGCAGGAGGCGUACACAUCUCUGUUUUCCACCCAGCUGUUCUCUGCCCCCAGAGGAUGAUGUGGAGGGAAGAUCACCAUGAAUAGAUACACUACUAUCAGACAGCUCGGGGAUGGCACCUACGGCUCCGUCAUCCUUGGCCGCAGUCUGGAAUCAGGGGAACUUGUUGCCAUCAAGAAAAUGAAGAGAAAGUUCUACUCCUGGGAAGAAUGCAUGAACCUUCGUGAAGUCAAGUCCUUGAAGAAACUCAAUCAUGCUAAUGUGGUCAAACUUAAAGAGGUCAUUCGGGAAAAUGACCACUUGUACUUUAUAUUUGAGUACAUGAAGGAAAAUCUGUAUCAACUAAUGAAAGACAGGACUCGGUUGUUUCCCGAAUCCGCUGUGAGAAAUAUUAUGUUUCAGAUACUACAAGGGCUUGCUUUCAUUCAUAAGCAUGGAUUUUUUCACAGGGACAUGAAACCUGAGAAUCUUCUGUGCAUGGGACCAGAGCUGGUGAAAAUCGCUGACUUUGGGCUCGCCCGGGAGAUCAGAUCUCGGCCACCGUACACAGAUUAUGUCUCAACCAGAUGGUACAGAGCCCCAGAGGUGCUCCUCAGAUCCACAUCCUACAGCUCACCCAUUGACCAGUGGGCUGUCGGCUGCAUCAUGGCAGAGCUUUACACACUCAGGCCUCUUUUCCCAGGCUCCAGUGAAGUAGACACCAUAUUCAAGAUUUGUCAGGUCUUGGGAACGCCAAAGAAGAAUGAUUGGCCAGAGGGAUACCAGCUGGCCAGUGCCAUGAAUUUCCGCUGGCCUCAGUGUGUGCCCAGUAAUCUGAGGACACUGAUUCCAAAUGCCAGUAGUGAAGCCAUCCAUCUGAUGAGAGACCUGCUCCAGUGGGAUCCCAAAAAGAGACCAGCUUCUGGCCAGGCCCUGAAGUACUCUUACUUCUACGUGGGCCAGGCGUUAGGCACUCCUCAGCAGAUCCUGGAGCAGGGCAGGCCUCAGCCGGGUCUCAUGCCUCUGCAGGCCUCACCACAGUCACAGCCGACGCUGCAUCAGCAGCCCCUGCUGCUCAAGCCCGUGCCCCCUGCCCAGCCUCCCCCUCCCAACCAACACUGCCCCCCCUCCAGGCCCCUGCAGCAGAUCCAGCCGUCCCCGGUGCCAGCGGGCGUCCAGGCCCCGGUGUACCAGCGGCACGCAGAACUGGUGCGAGAGCAGCAGCCUAACCACUCGCUGAAGCCGGAGACUGAGGGAACCCCACAGACCCACCUCCCGUACAUCGUUGAUAAGGGACUUCAGAGCAAGAUGAAACAGCAGUCUGAGAAUGCAAACCUACUGAGCUAUCAGUUGAAACCUAAGGGAGGGCGUCGACGUUGGGGCCACGGCACGGGACUCCUUAAAGGUGAAGACUGGGACGAUUACGAAGACACUGAACUGACAUCCAUAAGUAUUCUGGGCAAAAGUAAUUUCUCCACAGAGAAGUCGAGGCAGGGAGAAGAUGCAUUGAGCAGGUAUGGAAAUGUUCUGGAUUUCAGUCAGCCAAAUGGCAAGGAAGAUGCACCUUUAAACCUGAACAAGACAACAACAUACCAGGAGCCAUCGAGGACAGCCUCUGCUAAACAGCAUUACUUAAGGCAGUCACGAUAUUUACCUGGAAUUAGUACAAAAAAGAACUUGCCAGUAAAUACCAACAAAGACUUCAGCGGCAGCCAUCUGUGGGGAAACAGCAGUAUUCCUUUUGGAGGGACACUACCAAACAGAGGAACUCAUGGUACAAACACACUCCCAAGUGGAUAUGUGCCGUCAUUUUACAAAAAAGAUGUUGGUUCUGCUGGGCACCGAGGGCAGCUGGGUCCUUCAGGGGAUUCAACAGCAUCAAAUUAUGCAACGUGGAGGUCUGGCCGGAGUCAGAUGAGCACCUCGGCCUACAUGCCAUCGGCCAGCAAGAGCACCCCUGGUCUGCUGCCACGACCGCCGGUUCAGACCAUCCACGGGCGAACAGACUGGUCUGCCAAAUACGGACACCGCUAGUGGCUUCUCUGGGGCCUUGAUCUUUUGCCCUGAUGUGAAAUCUGUGCUCCUAAGAACUCUUUCCCCUCCAAAGAGUAGGCCUAGUUGUUUUAUAAUCCAAACCUGUACAUACAUCUUAUACAGCAAUAACUUUUGUUUCACUAUAUGUACUCUGUAUGCUGUGAGAUGUAAUAUUUCUAAGUGUAUCUGUAAGGCUAAAUGCAACCAGCCAAAAGUUUGAUCCAUCAACAAAUUAAGAUUUUCUCCUCAGUGUUUUUGUUUUGUAUCUCUGUAACAUAACUGUUGUCCUAAUGAGCCGAUGCUGUACCUUUACUAUCAGUUUUGUAUGCCAUUAUCAUCCCAUAAUGUUCACUGACCAGUAUGCACAUGCAUAUUACAGCUAUAUGAAAACUUCA